GUGCGUGUAUGUGAGAGCUACUGUCGCCGGAUCUCGAGCCAGAGCGGUGGCCGGACGAUCGUUACCGGAUCUCCGGAACAACUGUCCACACACAUACAUUCGCAUGUACCCGAAAACGUUAUCGUAACGAAACCGUACGCGUCCGUGUCAGUGGCGUUAGUCGGCGCGCUCGUUCAAACGACAUAUUUUGUUUUGCGAAAAAGUGACCCAGUUUCGCGCCGCAGCGAGUGUUCGUCGCGUCUGCGGUCGUCUCGCGCUCGCCGAUACGGGUUGGCGCGCUCGCCAGGUCGUACUCGACACGGCCGCCGUCAGGUAGAUAUUGGCACCGACCGAUACGGACAAUGGGAAUACGCCAAAGGUAGUGGCCGCCGGCCGUGGAAACCAGCUGACGACUGUUAAAACCGAUUAGCGCGAGUCAUUCGUUUGUGCACGCGCAUUUCUCGAAUGACAGUUUGACGUCGCCGCCGAAACCAUACUGCCUUGCCGCUAUGGACAUAACAUGGCCGAAGACUAUUGGCAUGUCCGUUGGAGACUUUUGGUGUUCCGGUUCCUGUUGUUGUUGUUGUCGUCGAGAACAGCCAAUGUUCAGAGAGUGACUACCGGAUGCGAUCAGACGUUUGUCAGUCACAACGGCCCCCAAAAUGGCACUUUUCGGGCGCCCGAAAUCGUCAACACCGCAGGCGAGUCCAGGGUGUGCGUGUACACUUUCGUGGCCGCAUCGCAUCAGAAAGCCUACGUGUCGUUCACGUCUUUUCAGCUGCGCAGCAUUCCUCCAGAGUGCAUACACGAGUACGUGGACGUCUACUCCGAGGUGCAGCAAGUCGACUCGGAAGAUUUGAUCAACUCGCCGUUCGGCGGACGUUAUUGCGGCCUGAUCCCGCCCAGGGACAGGAUAUCCUUGUACAGGAUAGUAGCUUUUAGUUUCUACUCGGACAAGAACACUUCGUCGGCGUUGUUCCAAGGGCAGUUUUCGUUUCAGAACGACUCCAAUUUCCAAUUGGGCACGCCGUCGCCCGUCAGCCCUUGCUCGUUCGUCGUACAUUCGAAAAUCAAAAGGCAAGGAAACGUGCUGACGCCCACUUAUCCCGGGAUAUACCCGAAAGGGCUGAAAUGCACGUACCAGUUCCUGGGGCAACCCAGCCAGAGGGUGAGGCUGGAAUUUCGGGAUUUCGACCUGUUCUACGGCGGACCGCAUUGUCCAUUCGACAUUGUCAACAUAUACGACGGUCCUAACGCGACCAGUCCGCUCAUCGGUCAGCAUUGCGGCCAGCAACGGAAUUUGGUAGUGUACUCUACCGACCACGAGCUGUAUGUAACAUUCGAGACCCUGCAGAGGGCCACGAACACGCAAAACCGCGGGUUCAAAGGCAUGUUCGAGUUCAGCGAGAGCUUCGUCAAACUGGAUUUCAUCGGCAAAAACGACGGCGAACACAUCCGGGGAACGGAAUGCGAUCAAAAAGUGUUGAGCAAGAAAACCUCGUCCGGAUAUAUAUUCAGUCCGAACUUCCCGUUUCCGUACAUACCGAAAAUCGUUUGCCGGUAUUUCAUAUACGGCAUGGAAGGCUCGCAAGACCUGGAGAGGGUGAAACUGGAAUUUUUCAUUUUCGACAUUCCCAAACCCCGUCGAACGGACCAAGAUUGCACGGACGGCUACCUAAAGAUAUACCUGAAGGGUCAAGAAGCCAUGGACCUGUACGACAAGUUCGACUACGAAAUGUGCGGCGACGAAGUGGACGAAAAGGUGUUGGUCAGCGACGGUGCCAGGCUGGCGAUGGUCUUCAGUAGCGGAGACCAGCAGGGUCGUGGUUUCAAAGCCAAGUACACGUUCGAAACCGAGUACCUGAUACCCGGCACCGCGGCUCCGAACGGCACGUGCCAUUUUAGCUAUCUCAGCGACUCGAAGAAACGCGGUGACUUCAAUUCGCCCAGACAUCCGGCCAACUACCCCAACGGGUUAAACUGUACGUUCCUAUUUUUGCCAACCCCCAACGAACAGGUCACGCUGAUAUUCGACCAAUUCAAAAUCAGAGCCGACCGAGCGAACACUUCGCUUGUACAAUUCGGGGUGACGGUUUGCACCGAAGACUGGGUCGAGAUAUACAACAUCUACAAGGACAAUACGGAGAAAAUCGUGGGCAGAUACUGCGGCAUGACGGCGCCCGGACCGCUGGAGUCCAACCGGGGCGCUCUGGGUUUGAAAGUGCUGUUGCACACCAACUCCCAAGGCGUUUACAGCGGUUUCAAAGCUAGAUAUUUUUUCGACGUGGCCAAGCCAAUAUUCGGUGACUGCGGCAGCAAUAUAAGCAACACGGAUUCCGGAAAGGUGCAGAGUCCGAAUUUCCCGCUCAAAUACACUGCACCGGAAAGGGGGAUGCCGAGCAGGACGUGCAAUUGGUUCAUAAACGUCAGGCCCAAUUACAAAAUACUGCUCAAUUUCAUUUCGUUCUCGGUCGAAGGAGAUCCAUCGACCAGAGGCUGUGCGACGGCUGUGGUCAGGCUUUGGCCGUCCAUUGACGAACCGCCGUUGGAGCUAUGCGGCGAGAAACCCAGCGGGCCGUGGCAGUUCUUGUCCGAUUCCAAUCAGUUCAGGAUCAGUUUUGUGGUGGCCGACAAGUCGGGAAACGGCACCGGGUUCAGUGCGGUCUGGACCGAAGUGCUGGAAUCGCCGGGCCCUUGUCCGGGGUUUCAGUGCGAAAACUCUAGCUUCUGCAUAUCCGACCAGCUGCGGUGCAACAGCGUGAUGAACUGCGGGUCCAACGAUCAGUCGGACGAGAGCGACUGUUUGAUUGAACCGGAAGCCAUGAACAACGUGGUGAUGUCGGCGGUGUUGACUAUGGCCGCGGUUCUGGCGUUGAUGUUGUUGGGCUGCAUUUGUUGCCGGCGGCGGUCGGGCAGGGAUCGCCGGCAACGGUUCCGGCACGGCGGCGGCGGAAGAGGAAUCGGCGGCGGCGGCGGCGGCCGUGGCGGCGGUGUCGUCGGCGGCGGCUACAACAGACACCGGCGACAGCACCAGCAUCACCAGCAUCACCGCCGUCAUCAGCAGCACGAGGUCCGGCCGCCGUCCCUGAGGUCGCUGAGCCCGACGCCUUCGUCCGGCCAGCACGUGUGCGACGAGUUGGGCGAGCGUUUCACCAGCGUGGACAGCGUUUGACGCCAGCCGCACCCGAGCCAUCGCCCCUAGGGCGUUUUCCCCAUGGUUCCGCUAGCCGCGCUUAAAUCCAAUCGCACCCCCCCCAGCCCGGGCCAACUCGCGCCACGGCUAUCGCUCAACAAUCACUAGGUACCUCCCCCGUAGCGUGGCGCGAUGUCGGCCGUGCCAGAACGCGCGGACUUGCGAUUGAUUUGCGUGCAAACAUAAUGGUACUGUAGGCGCGCAAGUACGCCGAAAUAUUGUGUACAUCAUAGUUUUAACCGUUGUACGAUAAUAGUAAUUAACGUACAGUACCUAGUGCGUACCUAGUUGUAAUUAAUAAUUGUUGUUUUAUACUGAACCGGCGAAGGAAAAAUAAUAAUCACAAUAACGGCUUUCGGUAGAGCAUCACGGUAGUUAUUAUUCGUAAUCAAUAAUAAUAAUAAUUGUUAUUAUUUAUUAAGAAAUAAAAGUGAUAAGAAUAGGAUUUUAUCCGAUCCCGAACAAUCUCUGAUCUUAGCGCAAUCACUCAAUCAAAUCACGAUUUUUUAACAUCAUAUUAUAUUCUCAAUAUUAUUGUUAUAAAUAAAAAAACUGCUGUUGUUACUAUUAUUUAAAAAAAAUAUAAUAAUAUUUGCUUUAGUCGCGAGCCGUCCUGUAGUUCAAAAAACAACACAUACACAUCCGUUGACAAUAUUAGUGUUUGGAAGUGUUGAGUCUCUGAAAACCUUCCAUCAAGGGCCAGGUGAGCUGUGCCACGAAGAAGGCAGCCAAGAGUUUUUUUUUUUCGUUUUAAUUUCGGCUAAAAAACAGUUUAAGCAAUAUUAUUAUAUCACUACUAUUGUUGUUUGGUCGUGCGGUUUAGGAGAGGGAGGGAUAAAUGGAAACAUAAUUGCUCAAUAAUAAGUUACUCUUAAAAAACGACAGCAUGGCGAGUAAAAAAAAUAUUAUAACCGUAAUACUUAUAAUAUUAUGUGUGUGUGUGUGUGUAUAUAAAAAUAAUAUAACAAUUGUACAACUGUGGAGUAAAUACAGAUAAUCGUUUCGUUAUAUUUAAACAAAAAAAAAAAGCUAAAAAAAAAAAUAAAAUUUAUCGUAUACUUACAUUUACUAUUGUUAUAGGGAUAAUGUUUUUUUAAGUCUAGAAUAUAGAGCGAUUGGCGCAGUAUAAUAAAAAACAAUCAACAUCAGAGACAAUUGACAGUGACAGUAUAAAUUUCAAAUAUACACUAACCUAACAUUUUUUUUUUGUUGUUUUUUUUUAAUUCUAAAAUUUCGGUUGUGACUCGCUGGGUUGUGACCAAGCUUAAGUGGUCUCAGUUUUUCGGUGUCUAUGAUUUUUUAUGGUUCCGAAUUUAUAUGUUCUUAUAAUACCGUCUUCUUCUCGUGCCAAAAAAAAAAAAAAAAUAAGAA